UUUUUUUUUUUUGAAUGAAUAUGAAUAAAUUUGAUAUAACUAUUUUUGGCGGCACUGGCUUAACUGGUAAACAAAUUGUUAAGCAUGUGUUUGAACUUUCUGUUGAUAGACCCGAGUUUUAUCCAUCUGAAUUUCGAUGGGCUAUUGCUGGUAGAAGCGCUGAAAAGCUUGAAGAGGUUGUGGAUGAGUUUGCCAGUCGAUUUCCUAAAGCUUCAAUUAACAAACCGACCAUCUUAAUUGCUAAUGUUCAUCAAAAAGAACAAUUAGAUUCUAUGACUAGUCAAAGUAAGGUUCUCAUCAAUGCUGUAGGGCCAUUUCGUUUUAUGGGUGAACAUGUUGUUCAAUCGUGUAUUGAGAAUGGUUGUAAUUAUGUUGAUGUCACCGGUAAAUAUAUAUGCUCUAUAUUUGAAUACAUACGCUAAGAUAAAAUUGAAUUUAGGUGAGCCUGAAUUUAUCGAACGUAUGCAAUAUACAUAUCAAGAUAAAGCUGUAGCUAACAAUGUUACUAUUGUUCAUGCUUGUGGAUUUGACAGUGUACCGACUGAUAUGGGCGUUGUAUAUACAAAAAAUCUUUAUACUCAGCAUGGCUGGACUCCUACUCAAAUUGAAAUGUUUUUAAGACUUCAUAUUGGUGAAGCUGGUAUGCGUGGAGGUUAUGCGACAUACGAAUCUGCAGUGCAUGGAUUUGGUUCAGCUGAACUUCUUAAAGAAAUUCGUAAAGCAUGCACUUUAAAAGAAUUACCUUAUCCUCAAGGACAAAAAAUAGUGUUCCAUAAAGGAGCAAGCCGUGAUGAUGAAUUUGGCUAUCGUGUUCCAUUUGUAUUUGCAGACCCUUCAGUUGUUCGUCUUUCUCAGAAAAUCUUUUUAACUGGCUUGGCUAAUACUGAGAAACAAAAGUCAGAUGUAGGCGUUCCUCCACCUAUUCAAUUUGCUGCCUAUUUAUUAUUGCCUUCACUCUGGGUGCUUAUUUUGUACGUUAUUUACGGUUUUAUCUUUUCUUUCUUAGCUUCAUAUACAUGGGGACGUACUCUUUUAUUAAAUCAUCCCGAGUUGUUUUCACAUGGCCUUUUCUCUAAAGAACAUCCCACAAAAGCUCAAUUAGACCAGUCUUCCUUUGAAAUUAUACUUCGCUCUAAAGGCUAUGAUCAUGCUUUAACGCCAGGUUAUAAUGUUCCUCCUAAUCGAUGUAUUAAAGUGGUUGUCCGUGGCCCUGAAUCAGGAUAUGUUGCUACCCCUCGUAUUGUUCUCCAAUGUGCUAUGGCAAUCUUGAAUAACAAAAAUAAAGGAUUUGUUCCUAAUGGUGUCUUGACUCCUGCUACAGCUUUCUGGGAAACUGAUUUAAUUGAAAAGUUACGUUACGUUGGCAUUACUUUUGACAUUUCUAAUUCGACGUAGUCGGCCUUCCCUCCUCACUCACCCUUUUUAUUUUUCUUUUGUUUUUUUGUUUUUUUGUUUUUUUUUCCUCUUUAAUCACAAUCAAAGUGUAACAGGGGAGAGACAAUAUAAUAAUCAUUCUAAUUUAUUAAAAGCAGUAAAGAAAGUUACAAGUUUUUAUUAAUCUAGAGCAAUAAAUUUGUAGUGGACACUAUUUUGAUUUGAUAUUAUGGAUA